AUGGGCCAGUUAGCCCUCUAUGGGAAAAUUGAGAACCACCUGGUUGAGCUCCUGAACGAAGUGGCUAAGUCCAAAUCGCUGAAAAAUAAUCUAUACACUAAAUGGGAUUGGAAUUUAAAGCUUGCAUUCCCAAAUUUGACCAUCCCCUCGCUUUUCGGUAAUGGUAAUCCUAAGAUACCGGUUAAUCCAAGAUUGAAUAUUAAGUGGGAAGCCCUAGAACCAGGGUGGCAUAAUAUUAACUUCGAUGGUGCCUCUACAGGGAAUCCAGGGCAUAGUGGUAUUGGAUGUUGUAUUAGAGAUUCUGAAGGCUUCUGCAUUAAGGAAAUUUCUGAAGACAUCGAUCUGGCCACUAACAAUGAGGCUGAAUUUCGGGUUGCAUUAAGAGGUUUGCAAUUGGGGGCUGAGUUGGGGGAUAAAAGAAUCCAUUUGGAGGGUGAUUCAUUAAAUUUUAUCGAUGUUGUUCAUAAUAACCAUACCCCCAAUUGGCAUCUCAACCUAUGCCUUCGACCUAUGGUGGGUUUUCUUGAGACCUUUGAAGAUUUUUGGAUCAGCCAUAUCUAUAAAGAAGGCAAUGUGGAUGCAGAUAGACUAUCUAAGAUGGCAAUUGCAGACGGUGGUCUUGAUCUGGGCAUUUGGCUCAGGCAUAGGUGA